GGGGCCUCCGGGACACACCACAGCUUCACAACUUAACUGCAACUCAACUAAAGCUAAUGGAUUUGAAGAGAGUGCUGUCCUUCCCACCAUACCCCGGGGACUACUUGCAUCCAGUGGUGUAUGCCUGCACAGCAGUCAUGCUGCUCUGUCUGCUCGUCUCCAUCAUGACCUACAUUGUCCACCACAGUGUGAUCCGCAUCAGCAGGAAUGGCUGGCACACACUCCUCAACUUCCUCUUUCACACGGGACUGACGUUUGGAGUUUUUGCCGGGGGCAUCAAUCAGAUCAACCUACCUUUUGUGUGUCAGAUAGUUGGCAUCGUACUCCACUAUGCUUCUUUGUCGACCAUGCUGUGGCUGACGUUUACAGCUAGAAACAUCUGUAAAGAUGUGUCCAAAGACCCGCUCCGGGCCCAGAACAAGAAUGGACCAUCCCAGACUCGCACCAAACCCACUGUCCUCAGAUUUUAUCUCGUCAGCGAUGGAAUCCCUCUCAUCAUUGUUGGAGUCACAGCAGCGUUUGGUAUGGAUAACUAUGGCAGCAGGGAUGAUGCUUUGUACUGCUGGAUGGCAUGGGAACCCAGCCUGGGAGGUUUCUAUGCCCCAGUUGGCCUUCUGGUCUUAGUCAUGUCUGUGUACUUCCUGUGCACCUACAUCCAGUUGAAACGUCACCCAGAGAGGAAGUACGAGCUGCGGGUUCUGAGUGAGGAGCAGCAGCAGUUAUCAUCCAGUGAGUCCAACCAUCACUGCCACACUGACACUGGAGGAGUGUCUGGGCCCGCUGGGGACUGUCCGCCAUUUGCAACAGGCGUGUCGGUGCUGGCCAAUGAGCACUCAUUUAAAUCUCAGCUGCGGGCCACAGCUUUCACGCUCUUCCUCUUCCUGGCUACCUGGGCUUUAGGAGCGCUGGCGGUGUCGCUGGGACACUUCCUGGAUAUGAUUUUCAGCUGCCUCUACGGAGCUUUUUGUGUCACUUUGGGACUCUUCCUCCUCAUCCAGCACUGUGCCAAACGGGAUGAUGUGUGGCACCGCUGGUGGGCUUGUUGCCCGUCCAAGUCCAAGUCAGAGGACGGGAAUGGGGACGGACAGAGUCAGAGGCAGGAGGUCCAUCAGCCACACUGCCACCUGAGCUCCCCCUGCUCAGGCAAGCAGCCUCUCCUCUCUCCUCACCUCCUGCAGAGCUCCUACCACAAAAUGACACCGCCUUCCCAGAGCCCCACACCCAAUCACAAAGGUCCAUGCUGUGUUGCAGUGAUGAGUCCUGUUACCACGGCACCUAUCUCACCUUUCGCCGAGCCAGUGCCCUCACCACGUCCACAGUCGCUCUCUGACGAGCUCCCUCGUCCCACUCUGCCUCUGCAGAGCUGCCUUAAUGACAGAACAAAGUCACGCUCCUUCAACCGCCCACGUCCAUGCCUCCAGGACUACCGCUCUCACAUGACUUCCACCAGUAUGGAUGGGAGUGUGCACAGCUCGCACCUGGACAGCCCUCAUGCAGCGCACCACCUUGAAGGCUCACCACUGGUGUCCAGCAGCCCGCACCCAGACCUGCAGCUCCCCUGCCCCAGCCCGCUCCUGGAGAAGCAGCUGGCUUCCUGCCACAGCUUGCAGCGCCAGAACUCCUGCCACAGCAUCCAAGAUUCAAUGACUUCCUGUCACGCUCAUGCACACAACAUGCAUGACAGCAUUACGUCCUGUCACAGCCUUCUCCUGCCUUCUCACGGGGUCCACACCUGCCAGUGGCACAUGUACAGCUCAGCGGAUCACACUUCCACCACAAGCUGCUAUGAGAAACCAGAACCCUUCACCUUGCAGUAUCAGCAAGACUCCGACACGUACAGCUGCAUGUCAAAGACAACAGAGAAAGAAAAGGACAGUCUCUGCGUCGAGGGGGAGCACAAAGGUUUCCCAAGAAAUACCCUGCCUCGGCAGCACGGCACCGUCAACCGGCGAGGCACCAUCGGCCGGAACAGGAGCCUGCAAGAGGACGGCCUGUUUGGUUCAGACGCCACAGGAAACAUUCGGACUGGCCCCUGGAAGAAUGAAACCACCGUAUAG